AAGUUUCCGGAGACAACAUGGAUCUGUAGAUACUAUAAACCAAACCACUCAGUUCACCAAGAAGUUUUCCAGAUCAUUUCGUCCCAAGUGUCUCAUUUACUCUCCCGCUAAUGCAGCCAGCCUGUUCACAGCAGGUUCCAGGAGAACCAUAGAUCCAGGAGAACAGGUGUGUGGGGAGGGAAACAAACACAAUGUCUCCUCCUCGACUCACAGGAGCACUUCGGUCCUUCUCCACUGUCAGCAAGAAGGAGGACUUCAGCGAACAGCUCUAUGAUCUAAAGGCCAAGCGUCUGAAGAGACAGGAGCUGUUUGCCAGAGAGGGCCUGACGUGGCAGAAGAUUGUCCAUUUCUGCACCGAGCAUCAGGACAAAAGUCAGCAGCAAGCUGCCAGUCAGGAGCUGAAGAGCCUGCUCCUGGCAGCCAAACAGAUGGUGGGUUCUGAACUCGGUCAGACGGUGGUUGAAAGCGCAGCCGUGUUUCUGUUUGAAACCUUCCACAACAAAGACCACGUUGGUACAGAGGAGACUCGGGCCAUCAAACACAUGUUCGGUCCCUUUCCAUCAUCGGCAGCUGAAGCGUCCUGCGCCUCUGUGGGUCGACUGGUGGCUUUGCUCGGUGACUCCCGAGUCGAAGACUUUAUCCAGAGCCAACGCUCCCGCCGCAACCUGGACCGAAGCGCCGCUUUUGGACGCAACAUUGCUUUCUCACAUGACGGUUACACACUCGACCCACUGGAGGGGCUGCCCUUCUCCGGUAUCCAGGAAGAGAGUGCGAGCUUGGAUUUCAUCAACUUUUUCAACAACCAAAAGAGUGGCAAGAAGGGCAUCAAUGAAGAGGCUACGUCCAGUACAGGAAGCCCCCUGACCCCGGGGGAUGGCUCCAUCCUGAGAACAGAAGUAGAUAAAUAUCUGUGUGGAGGCAACAUGAUGUCAUCCAACCCAGAGGAGCUGUGCACGUCUCUGUUUGAAAUGCUGGCCUCACACAGGAGCAACGAUGAGCUGCAGAACGAGCUGUUUGAGCUGCUCGGCCCAGAGGGGCUGGACAUGAUCUCAACCCUUCUGCAGCGAAGGGUGGCCAUUGUUGACUCCCUCCUCCGCAUCCAACCUGACAGGACUGUCUAUCCAUCAGAUCUCAGCCUCAAGGUCAGCGCUGAAGCGACCAAGCCCACCUACGGGUGCCAGGUGACCAUCCAAUCAGAGCAGGAGAAACAAAUGCUAAAGAUGUACCGAAGGGAGGAGAAGAAAGAGAGGAAGAGAUUCAAAGGAGGCGAUGAGGGUGACUCUACGGAUGCUCUCCUGACCUUUGACCCCAGAGAGAUGAGAGCCCAGCGAGAGCAGGCCCUGCUGACUGCACGCUAUGAACCUGUGCUGAGCAGAGACAGAGUCUACGAGCGGAUCCGAUAUCCCAACGUCUACGACAACCUCGCAGAGGCCACAAAGACUGCUGCGUUUGUGGGAGGAGCCAGGAUGCUGCUGCCCGAGGGAAUCCGCAGAGAAAACUGUAAGAUGUACGAAGAAGUGGAGAUCCCACCCAAUGAGCCCACGCCUGUUGGGUUUGAGGAAAAGCCCGUCUACAUCUCUGAAUUAGACGAGAUUGGGCAGCUGGUGUUCAAGGGCAUGAAGCGCCUGAACAGGAUUCAGUCCAUAGUGUUCGAGACGGCCUACAACACCAAUGAGAACCUCCUGAUCUGUGCUCCAACCGGUGCUGGCAAGACCAACAUCGCCAUGCUGACAGUUCUCCAUGAAAUCCGUCAGCACUUGCAGCCCGGUGGCGUCAUUAAGAAAGAUGAAUUCAAGAUCGUAUAUGUGGCUCCAAUGAAAGCCUUGGCGGCUGAGAUGACGAACUACUUUGGUAAGCGGCUGGAGCCACUGGGCAUCACUGUGAAAGAACUCACUGGAGACAUGCAGCUUACCAAAGGAGAGAUCCUUCGAACACAGAUGUUGGUGACGACUCCGGAGAAGUGGGACGUUGUGACCAGGAAGAGUGUUGGAGAUGUGGCUCUGUCACAGAUUGUACGGCUCCUCAUCUUGGAUGAAGUCCAUCUAUUGCAUGAAGAUCGAGGCCCGGUUCUUGAGAGUCUGGUGGCCCGGACCAUCAGACAGGUGGAGUCCACCCAGAGCAUGAUCAGGAUUCUGGGACUGUCUGCUACCCUGCCUAACUAUCUGGAUGUGGCCACCUUCCUACAUGUCAACCCAUAUAUUGGUCUCUUCUUCUUUGACGGCCGCUUCAGACCGGUGCCUCUGGGACAGACCUUUGUUGGCAUCAAAACCAACAACAAGAUCCAGCAGAUCCAUGACAUGGAGGAGGUUUGUUAUGACAAAGUUCUGGAACAGGUGAAGGCAGGUCACCAGGUGAUGGUGUUUGUCCAUGCUCGUAACGCCACAGUGAGGACGGCCAUGGGGCUCAUCGAGAUGGCGAAGAACCGUGGAGAGAUUUGUUUCUUUCAACCAGACCAAGGAUCAGACUACGGCCAGUGUGAGAAACAGAUCCAGCGCUCCAGGAACAAGCAGAUGAAAGAAAUGUUUCCUGAAGGUUUUGGAAUCCACCAUGCUGGCAUGCUGCGCUCUGACCGCAGCCUGAUGGAGAGCAUGUUCUCCAGAGGCCACCUCAAGGUCCUGGUCUGUACCGCCACCUUGGCCUGGGGAGUGAACCUGCCGGCUCACGCUGUCAUCAUCAAGGGUACCCAAAUUUACGAUGCCAAGCGCGGCGCUGUGGUGGAUCUGGGCAUCCUGGACGUCAUGCAGAUUUUUGGAAGAGCAGGUCGUCCGCAGUUUGAUAAGUAUGGUGAGGGGACCAUCAUCACCACCCACGACAAGCUGAGCCAUUACCUGACCCUGCUCACCCAGCAGAACGCCAUAGAGAGUCGGUUCCUGGACAGCCUGGCCGAUAACCUCAAUGCUGAGAUUGCUCUGGGAACGGUCACCAACGUGGAGGAAGCUGUGAAGUGGCUCAGUUACACCUACCUUUAUGUUCGCAUGAGGGCCAACCCGCUGGCGUACGGCAUCAACCACAGAGCCUCUCAGAUGGAUCCAGCUUUGGAGCUGUACAGGAAGGAUCUGGUGGUGGAGUCGGGCAGGAAGCUGGAUAAGGCCAGGAUGAUCCGCUUCGAUGAGCGCACCGGCUACUUUGCCUCGACAGACCUGGGCAGGACUGCGAGCCACUUCUACAUCAAAUAUAACACCAUAGAGACGUUCAAUGAACAUUUCAACUCUCAGCGAACAGAAGCCGACAUCCUCAGCAUCGUCUCCAAAGCUGAGGAGUUUGAACAACUCAAGGUUCGAGAGGAGGAGAUGGAGGAGCUGGAGCAGAUGCUGUGUAACUACUGUAAGCUUCCAGCUGCAGGAGGUGUGGAGAACGGCUACGGCAAAGUCAACAUCCUGCUGCAGACGUACAUCGGCCGAGGAGAAGUGGACAGCUUCUCGCUCAUCUCGGACCUGUCCUAUGUUGCACAGAACGCUGCUCGCAUCGUGAGGGCCUUGUUUGAGAUCGCUUUGAGGAAGCGCUGGCCGGCUAUGACCCAUCGACUGCUCACCCUGUGCAAGGUGAUCGACAAGCGGCUGUGGGGCUUUGCCCACCCCCUCCGACAGUUCCCCAACCUGAGCCCCGUCGUGCUGAACCGCUUGGAGGAGAAGAAGCUGACUGUGGACAAACUCAAGGAGAUGAGGAAGGAUGACAUUGGUCACAUGCUGCACCACGUCAACAUCGGGUUAACGGUCAAACAGUGUGUCCACCAGAUCCCCUCGAUCUCAAUGGAGGCCACCAUCCAGCCAAUCACACGCACCGUGUUGCGUGUUCGUCUCAUCGUCACACCUGAUUUUCGCUGGAAUGACCAGGUCCAUGGAUCAGUGGGUGAGCCCUGGUGGUUGUGGGUGGAAGAUCCCAUGAAUGAUCACAUCUACCACUCUGAGUAUUUCCUCCUGCAGAAGAAACAGGUGGUGUCAGGAGAGCCUCAGCACAUCGUGUUCACCAUUCCCAUCUUUGAUCCGUUGCCCUCACAGUACUACAUCAGGGCCGUCUCUGACCGAUGGCUCGGUGCUGAAGCUGUCUGCAUUAUCAACUUCCAGGACCUGAUCUUACCAGAGCGACACCCCCCACACACUGAGCUACUAGACCUCCAGCCGUUGCCAGUAACUGCUCUGGGUAACCGAGAGUACGAGAGCCUUUACAAGUUCACUCACUUCAACCCCAUCCAGACCCAAAUCUUCCACACACUGUACCACACCGACACCAACGUGUUGCUGGGAGCGCCGACGGGCUCUGGAAAAACCAUCGCAGCAGAGAUGGCCAUGUUCCGGGUCUUCAACAAGUAUCCGUCCUCCAAGGUCGUGUAUAUUGCCCCUUUGAAGGCCCUGGUAAGGGAGCGCAUUGAGGACUGGAAGGUCAGGAUUGAAGAGAAACUUGGAAAAAACGUGGUGGAGCUGACUGGGGACGUGACUCCAGACAUGAGAGCCAUAGCAAAAGCUGACCUGAUCGUCACCACGCCCGAAAAGUGGGAUGGAGUCAGCAGGAGUUGGCAGAAUCGAAGCUACGUCCAGAAAGUAGCUAUUCUCAUUAUCGAUGAGAUCCACCUGCUGGGUGAGGACAGAGGUCCGGUCCUCGAGGUCAUUGUGUCCAGGACCAACUUCAUCUCGUCUCACACUUCCAAGAGUGUUCGAGUAGUUGGGCUGUCCACGGCUCUGGCCAACGCUCGAGACCUGGCUGACUGGUUGGGCAUCGGACAGGUGGGUUUGUUUAACUUCCGUCCGUCUGUGCGCCCGGUCCCGCUUGAAGUUCACAUCCACGGUUUUCCAGGACAGCACUACUGCCCCCGCAUGGCCAGCAUGAACAAGCCCACCUUCCAAGCGAUACGCGCUCACUCUCCAGCCAAGCCUGUGCUCAUUUUUGUGUCAUCACGAAGGCAAACUCGCCUGACCGCCCUGGACCUCAUCGCCUACCUGGCUACAGAGGACAACCCCAAACAGUGGCUACACCAGGAUGAGAGAGAGAUAGAGGACAUCAUUGGCACCGUUCGAGAUUCCAACCUGAAGCUGACACUGGCCUUUGGGAUCGGCAUGCAUCAUGCAGGCCUCCAUGAGAGAGACAGAAAGACCGUAGAGGAGCUGUUUGUCAACUGUAAGAUUCAGGUUCUGAUUGCUACCAGCACUCUGGCCUGGGGAGUGAACUUCCCCGCUCACCUGGUUGUCGUCAAGGGAACCGAGUACUACGAUGGCAAAUCCAGGCGCUAUGUGGACUACCCCAUCACAGACGUGCUGCAGAUGAUGGGGCGAGCAGGCCGUCCUCAGUUUGAUGAUCAGGGCAAAGCAGUCAUCCUUGUCCACGACAUAAAGAAGGAUUUCUACAAGAAGUUUCUGUACGAGCCGUUUCCUGUCGAGUCCAGCCUCCUCGGCGUGCUGUCUGAUCAUCUGAAUGCUGAGAUUGCUGCAGGAACCAUCUCAUCCAAGCAGGACGCCAUGGACUACAUCACCUGGACCUACUUCUUCAGACGGCUGAUGAUGAAUCCCAGUUAUUACAGCCUAGAAGACAUCAGCCACGAGUCUAUUAACAAGUAUCUGUCCAACCUGGUGGAGAGAAGCCUGCGUGACCUCGAGGGCUCCUACUGCAUUGAAAUUAAAGAGGACGAUCAGUCGACUGAGCCUCUUACCUACGGUCGCAUUGCCUCCUAUUACUACCUGAAGCACCAGACCAUCCGCACGUUCAAGGAGCGCCUCAGGGCGGAGCUACCCAUACACGAGCUGCUCUCUGUGCUCACGGAUGCAGAGGAGUAUGCCGAGCUGCCCGUCAGACACAACGAGGACCAGCUGAACAGCCAGCUGGCUCAGCAGCUCCCCUUGCAGGUCAACCCCCACUCCUAUGAUAGCGCACACACCAAGACCCACCUGCUGCUGCAGGCCCACUUCAGCCACGCCCAGCUGCCUUGCAGCGACUACACCACUGACACCAAAACUGUGCUGGACAACGCCAUCCGCAUCUGUCAGGCAAUGCUGGAUGUAGCUGCCAAUGAAGGCUGGCUCGUCACAGCCAUCAGCAUCUGCAAUCUUGUGCAAAUGAUCGUCCAGGGCCGCUGGCUGCACGACUCCUCCUUACUGACGGUCCCACACGUAGAACAGCGACAUCUCGGUCUGUUCAGGAACAGAGGAAACAGGAAGGGGCAGGGAGGUUUGAACGAGCCAAUCGAAGGGCUUCCUGAGCUGAUCGCUGCCUGUAAUGGAAAAGAAAGCGUUUUCUCUGCUAUGGUGGCCCAAGAGCUUCAUUCGAGUCAGACUGCUCAGGCGUGGUCGUUCCUGAGCCAUCUCCCAGUGCUGGAAGUUGAGAUGAGCAUGAAGGGCUGGUGGGAGGAGAGCCAGGAGCAGACAGAGCAUCCCAUCCCUGCAGCAGGAGCUAACCUAAGGAAGGAGAGCAGCUGGCUGGAUGUCCACGCUGACCAGGAGUAUGUUCUGCAGGUGUCACUGAGACGCCUCAAUCUGGGACAGCAGAGGAGGAGGCAGGACAGCAAGGCCCAAGCUCCCAGGUUCCCCAAGGCCAAGGAUGAGGGCUGGUUCCUCGUCCUGGGGGAGGUGGAUCGCAGGGAGCUGCUGGCUGUGAAACGGGUGGGAUACGUGCGUAACCACACGGCCGUGUCCAUGGCCUUCUACACCCCAGAGAAGACCGGAAAGUGUAUUUACACGCUGUACCUGAUCAGUGACAGCUACCUGGGUCUGGACCAGCAGUAUGAUGUUCACCUGAAUGUAACACCUGCCAGCAUCGCUGCACAGGUCAACAGCGAGGUCUCGCAUUCAGUGUCGGAUCUGUCCCUGGGCUAAGGAGCAGAAGUACCUCUGUGUGUCACAUCAGCGACGUCUGUCAGUCACCGCUUUGGUCACCUUGGAAGUGACAUCGUUUCUUUCUCGUGUACUGGGGCUGUGUUCACUGUGGUGCACCGGUGCCGAGGACGGUCUCAUUCUGGUCCUUUUUUAUUCUUUCAUUCAUUUAACUUUUAAUUGGCAACAUCCAAUAAGAAUCUGCUGCUGCGCUGUUCUUGAUUGGCUGGAUCUUUGUGUGUGGUGUCAGAUAUAUAACCAUGGCGGCACACUUUCUAACAGCAGCUGUUAAACUGUGUGUAGCUGUGAAAUGUAGCUUUCUUUUGCCUGAGUUGUAGAGAACAUUGUAAAGAUUAUACCAAAGCACUUCACCGAACACAAACAGGUUCCUGUCGUGUUUGGGAGGAAGGUUGUAGGCUGGGCUCGGACAGGAACACAAAGCUGUGUGAGCACGCUGUAGAGCUUCAGCUCAACAACAGGAUAAUACAUUUCCCUGACUUCAUGCCUGUGUGGAUGUGGAAACGCAGUGUGACAAACCUUCUGUGGCCUCGUGUUGGAGCAGCAGUCAGUGUGGGUGAGAUAUUUCUGUGAAGGGCAGAAUAUGUCAAAAUCGUUUUGGAUCAGAUGUGAAUGAAAACAGAAGUGUUGAAGCAGAGUGUGUUUGUUUGGAUGAAGUGGUUUCAGUUUAGGUGUGUGAACAAAGCUUCCUCCCAGAUCUCCUCCUCCUCCUCCCUCACCGCUGCAUGCUUCAGUGUAGCAGAGUCCCUGAGCCUGACGCUGCGAGGCCUUUGUGUGGAUGUUUAUUAACCCAGUGAGCAGGAGUGUGCUGCCAAUCAUUAAAUAUGAAUUUACAUUUGGUUUUGAAUAAAGUGUUUUGGAU